AUGAAUAUUUAAUUGGCACAAAAAUUUGUUAAUCAAUGGAAAAGGUUUGUGGAGAGACGAAAGGAAGUUAGAGGCAUUCUCAUUGAAUAAUACAAAUAGAGUUACAUAAGAGUUCUUAAUUCGUAUAAGGAUUUGAAGAGGCGAAGGUUUUAGUAAUACAUUAUUAACAAUGCAUCGAAUUUAAUCUACAAGGCGUUGAAAAUCAAUUUAUGGAAGGUCAAACAUCUGAGGCAAUUUUUGAAUCAGAAUCAGGUUAAGCGAUUCUAUAUUUUGAAAUCAUAAGAGCAAAUAUUUAAAAAUGCUUUUAACUUACAUGCCAAAGAAGUAAACAUCAAAACCAUUAGGUUGCAUGCUUAAAAUAAUUGCCAGCAUAAAAAUCUUAUACCGCUACUAUUUCAAAGAAUCAAAUCUGCAGUCAUAUUAUUCAAUUUUCACUCAUUGAAGAAAUCCUUUGGAGAAACUAAUAUUAAUAGGGAUGUAAUAAAAUAUGAAUUUCUUUAUUUUUUUAUUAAAUAUGUCAAGGUUAAAUUGUCAUAAAAGUAAUUUGAAUUAACUGCUCAGGAACUCUUGAGACAUUAGUAAAUGAUCAAAAGAAUAGAUAAAUUUUAGUAGGAAGAAUACAAUUUAAUAAAAUAUAUUGAAUUAGAUAACCUUAAAGUUUUGAAGAAGAUCUAUCAAUAUAAUUGUCAAAAUAGAGAUAGAUAACUGCAUAUCUUUUUUGAUUUCUAAUUAAGAGAAAUAGCAGCUGUCUGCAGAAUAUAAAAGUAUUUUAGAUCAAAACAAAACAUUGCUCAAAAGGGUAUGAAAUAUGUUGCUAUUAUGAAAUUUAUAAACCAAUCCAGAGCUAUUUAUGUCAUCUAAAGAUGGUUCAGAAGAAUCCGAUGGUAUCACAGAAAUAACUUCUUUAAAGAAAUAUCUUUUUAUGUUUCACAAAUUCCAACACCAAAUCUAUAUCUUGAUAUGCAAACCUAUUAAAAAAUAGAGGAAAUUUUAGGAAAUCAAAAACAUUCCCUAAAAUUCUUGGAAUAAUAUCAUACGAUUAUGGCAGAUAAUGAAAUUGUCAGAUUAUAGUUUAAAUCUUAAAUAUCUGAUGAUUCAAUCUAGUCUACAUAUGCACAAUCAGUAGCUUAAUUAGAUCAUUUAAAUAUUGCUGUUAUUCCUAAAUGGCUUAUACAAGAAAUUCAAAAGGUACACAUCAAUGAAGAAAAGAUAAUUGAUUAUAGGAUAAUUAAAUAAGAUUAAAACUCAACUAAGUGGAAUUGCAGAAAUAGAGAUUACUUAGGUAAGCAUAAAGAAUCCUUGAAAGAACUUAAAUACUAUUAACAGGCUGAUAUUUAUGGAUUACUUCAUUUCGGAGCAUCUAUCUCAUUUGAAUAUAUCAACAAUAGAGAUUACAUCAAAUUUACUUAUGUUUCAACAAGCGAAGCAAAAUACAGAGUCAUAGCAUUGGCUUUGAUUACGUACAGAUUCAAACUAAAUGGAACAAAGAUUCUUAUGUUUAGUGAUCAUAUUUGGGAGAGUCCAAUUUAAUAAAAAACUAUAUUUUUAUAUAAAUACUAUUAGAAAAUUUAGAAUGUUUAUAAAUUAGAAGUAACUGCUCAAGAUACUUCUUAAUUAUGUGAUAGAAAAUAGAAUUAAGUAAUCUUAUGCUUAAAUAAUUCGUAAGCAGAUAAAUUUAAAUAUGAUUAAUAAACCAUCCAACUAUAAUUUUUUAAUGAAAAUUCUCGUUUAAUUGAAAAUUUCAUUUGGAUGUGUCCUACAAAAUCAAAUAAAUUAAAACCAUCAAAAAAUAAAACUUCUUUGUAAAUUAAUUAAAAUAGUUUAAAAAAUAGUUCUCGUAUGUAAUAGGUAAACUCCUCUUUUAGUGAUAUUUAACAAGAAUAAUCAGUUAUUAAAAAUAGUCACCAAUAAAGAUCUAUUGAUAUAUCUCCCUAAUCUGGUAUAAUUGAUGGCAGUAGUAAAUCAACUUAGUUGCCUGUGAAAUUUUCUAUAAUGUGUAUAGAAAAUCCAGAAAUUUAAUUUUAGCCACCUAAAUUUAAGAAAAGAACUGAACAAUCCUAUUAAGAAUUUGCAAUGUCAAGUAGAUUUAGAACUCAAAAUAGUAGUUUGAAGAAUUCAAAAAUUAAAGAACAAAUUGAGUCCUUAAAUAAUAGUGUAAUUCAACCAAAGAAAAAACAAUUUCUAUUAGAAGAUAUACAUGAAAACAUUGAAUAUUCUUCAUUUAAAUAAAAAUACCUAGAGAUGUCUUUAAAUGAAAAAAAAGCAAAAAUAUAAAGAAUAAAAUAAAAGAAUUAAGAUGAAAUGAGUUUCAUUAGAGAAUUUCAUAAUUUUUCUAAUUUAAUACAAAGAUAAGAAUAAAAGAUAAUUAAUAGAUAAUUGAAAACUGCUCGAGCGAAAACAUUAGAAAAAUCUUCAAAAACCAAUAGUGUAAAGUAGACAAUGAAAAGCUAAUCCAUAACAAAAAGGGAAUAAUUUUAGGAUGUUUCUAUUGUUUUUCCUAAAAUAGAACCAAAAAGUUCUAAAAAGCAAACUUUAAACUCAAGAUUAUCUAAUUAUCAUAGAUAUGCUGUUUUUGCUGAAGAAUUGUAUGCUAUUUCUAGCAACAAUGAAACUUUAAAGCUUUGA